AUGGACCAGAAGGGUCGGAAAUGGCCGCGGAAGAUUCUCGGUCUUUGUCCCCUUCUGAACGGUUCUCAGUACGCCAUCGGUGCGGCACUCGCCUACCUUUCCGAAACCAAAAACGAUCGCCACAUCAUCCUCAUUGACAAAAACCUAAAAACGCUAGUCGGAUCAACUGGCCAUGCCCCAGGCUUCGUUGGCCAACUCAAUGAAUCCCCUGUCUUGACACGACUGGCUCAAGAUACCGUCUCUGAGUAUUCCUUGAUUCUAGGUGGUUUCAAUCCUGUCGGAGCCUUGGGACUCUCCUCGACACCAUCCGGCAUGAAAAUGCUACGCCAUCGACUGGAUCUAGCACGGUCUGCCGGAUUACCAGCUGAGAUUAUCACACUCGAAGCCGCAGCCUCCCUGGCCCCGGACUUCAUCAAUGCCGAGUCGAAGGGAGCCGCUCUACAUUUCCCGUCUGAUGGUACGGGAGACGUCGGAUUGGGAGGCGCUACUGUCAUCCUUGCCACUGGAAUUUGGACGUCUGCCUUGAGUGGCCAAUCCAAUGUCACUGAUGUGCCAAUUACCAAGAUUCCCGUCCCAAUUGUCCCAGUUGCUCACCCGUACACUUCCUCAUUAGCCCGAACACCUCGUGCCGGAAAGCGAUACCCAUUAUUCCGUUGCUAUGGUCAUCCUCCAUUACAGUUGCACCCGACUGAAAUCGCCCUCGGAUCACGGCCCUCAACUUUUGAUAACGGCAACCAUGCAGAAUUGGAUGGCUCCUUUUUAGAGAAACCUUUCAAUGGCAUUUUCGUUGUGACACCUGAUAACUUGCCACUUGCAGGAAAGGUAUCUGAUGUGUCAAAGCUCUGGCUAUAUGCUGCUAUUUGGGUUACCACAGCUGGAGGAACGGCCAAACUAGUAUCUAGAGCGAUUCUCCGUGAUACCGGGCAUCCCCCCGUUCCAGAAGACGAGCAUCUUUGA